UGUGUGUUGUUAGUUGGAACGCAAAAGUUGCUUAUCAGCAUCAACAGUUAUUCUCGCAGCUGUGGUGGGUGCCGCCAAGCCAAGUUCAAGCUCAGUCGCAAGAUGAGAACGCAGUCGCUUGCAUUGCUCAGCUUGAGCCUGUGGGUCAUCAUCAUCAGCAGCAGCUUCGAUGCGGUGCUAAGCAAGCGUUAUAUGCGCUGCGAGUUGGCCCGCAAGCUGCUGCAGCAGCACGGCUUUGAGCGCAGCUUGUUGCCCGUUUGGAUCUGCUUGCUGGAGCAUGAAAGCGACUUGGACACAGCCAAGAUAACAGCAAAUCCAAAUGGCUCAAGCAGCUAUGGACUGUUUCAGAUCAACACUCGCUAUUGCCAGCAGGACAGACGCGGCGGCGUUUGCAAUAUCAAAUGCGAAGAUUUGCUGGAUGAGAAUUUGCGUGAGUCGGCCAGCUGUGCUAAGCGCAUACAAACUUCGGAGGGAUUUCGGCAUUGGAACGGCUGGCAACGCUAUUGUCGCAAUACUCAGAAUUUGCCAAAUCUAAAAGUUAUAUGCGGCAUUUAGUUUUUGAUUAUAUGCAAAUACAAAUACAUAUAUGUAUGUAUGGCUAAAAACUACAAAUUAAAUCCCACUGUAGCGUUAUCGCUGUUCAUUGCUUACUUCCGCGCCCACGCUCUCUCUCGCUCGCUUUCGCUCUCACGCUCAUUUGCUUUUGUAGCUUGACGCGCUGCUGUUUGCUUAUCGUUGCUCUCACGCUCUAUCGCCACUCACUUGGCGCGCUCUCUUGCUUUUGUGGAAUGGGGUUUUGCUUUGUGUUUCAUUCGACGACCGCAGCUGAGGCGAGGCGAACGUUUCUGAAAUCGCCUCCGCGUCCACCUUCGGAACAGUUGUAAACGUUUAACAAAUCAAUAUCAUAUUGCUGUUGUUGUUGUUGCUGCUGUUCUAACUGUGAAACGAAUCGAGUACAAAGUACUUGGGUGUAUACUUGGGUGUUAUAUGCAAAUUACUGCAUUGAUCUGUGCUUGAGUGUGAACAACUAUGAAACCCCCUGCAAUAUAUUUACUUGUGAAAAAGUUUAUAUGAGGCAAAUGCCUAUGAAACUUGUGUCAGUGCUUCCCUUUCUUUAAAAAAAUCAGCAAUAUAUAAGUAUAUAUAUAGCUGAGUGGUCCCUCAAUAAAAGCA